CUAAACCACUUCUCCAUUCUUGUUAAAAAUGCUGAAGUGCUUAGUGUUUGUGUGUCUCCCUUUAGUAUGUGCUCAUUCAAGUCUACCCAACCUGGAUCACGGGGGUGGUAAGAAUGUUGAUCAAAAAGAUGUACCUGACAAUUUCGCUACUUGCUCAGGGUCCAAAGCUGUUGUCAGCAUUUGCAGCCAUCCAAACGAAACCAUCAUAGGUGGGAAUGUGAUCCUGGUGUGCUACUACUCAAAGACUGAUUGGCUGCCAAUUAACUACACACUUAUGAGAAACCGGACUAAGGCUGUAGGCUUUGUAACAACGAACAGGACAGAAGAAAGGGCUGUGUUUAACCUCACAGUCAUGUUGACCAGCGAUCUGGGUGAAUAUAAAUGUAAAGCUCAAAGAUUUAAUGAUACCCGAUACAGCCGUGGACUCAACAUUACAUUAAGAGUGGCAGAAGAGAAAAAGAAUAAAAACUUGGUAGCAUACAUUGUGCCUCCCUUGCUUCUGCUGCUGUUGCUGCUAGCAGUAAGUGCAGCAAUUGCACUGCUGAUUCUUCCUUGGUGUAAAGCAAGAAAACAUAGUACAGGCAGCAAACCAGCUGUUGCCUUUUCAGCCCGUCGCCCAAGCAGUGACAACGGUGAUGUUUAUGAUACUGUAUAUGAAGAAAAUGCGUAUUGCAAUGUGAAACAUAAAACCAAGGAGGAAGACAACAGAAAUGUGAUCCUUGGUGGGGAUAGUACUGUGCAGUAUGCAGAAGUUGUCAUCCGAAGAUAAAAAGGACUGUAGUUUGAUACCAGGUGUCUCAAGAUACUACAGCCAAGAUGACACAGCAGAUCUAGAACCUUUCCUUUACCUUUUGACAAGUUCAAUAUUAUGUGCUUGCCCCUGCUACAUGUCUCCAACCUGAUGUUCAGCAUUUAUUCAUACUGACACAGCAGCAAUCAAGGAAGUGGAAAACCACCACCUCACUUCAUUGGUUCCAAGUCUCCCCCCCUGCCCCAUUCAAUUACAAUGGAGAAUUAUUUUGCAUAUGAACCUGGGACACUUGAGCUAAUGUAUAUUCCAGUUUAUGGGAAUGCCAUUUAUAUAUGCUUAUGUUGGAAAUGGAAGCAGAAUUAAUUUGGCUUACAAGCUUAGGAUGGGUCCAUGUUCAGAUGACAGUUGCUCCUCUGCACACAAGUCAUCCAUGCCUAUUUCUACUAUAUAAAAAUACAAAUUUAUUGAUCAACAGUGCACUAAUUCCUUUUAGAUGAAGAUGUUGCUAUGUUGUGAUAAAAUUAAGAUCUCCUUGGGUCUGGAAGGCUCCAAACUGUUAGUUAUCAAAGGAUCGUUAUAUCUUUGCUUGCCCUCUGCUUCUUAGAUAAUGUUUUGUAAUGUUACUAUGAACUGAAAACUGUGGCUUUCCAUUUGCAUGGUUUUGCCUCACCUUAUCGCAUGAUGCAAGAGCGCCCCCUAGCAAACAGAACAAUGUAUCAGAAAAAGAAGUCCGUUUUCCUGGCUUUUGUUAGCUACAACCAGGGGAAAAAUCCAUUCAAGUCAGGAAGGAGAGAAUCUGUCUUUAUUGUAAGCUCAGAUGUUUUUAGCUGCUGAAAUGUACUUGGUUAAGAAGUCCUUUAAUCGGGAUAUAUGCAUCAUUUCUUUCAUUGUGGUGUCUCUGUUCCUUAGCUGGACCACACCAUUCUCUAGUGUGGUAUCACUGACAAGGAUUGUGAAGAGGAUACUCAUUUCAUCAUACCUGCAAACAAAAAAACAAGCCUGUGGAA